ACUCAGAUGCAUGUGAGUUCAUUUUUUUCUCUGCGUCACUCUCUCUCUCUCCCUCUCUUCGAUUCUUCUCUGUUUCUGGUUCCCCAAAUUCACCACCUCUCUCUCUCUGCAUCAAUUUCAAUCGUUUUCUUUCGAGACAAUCUUCAGUCUGCUUUCGUUCUUGAUCCGAUGUCGCUCAAGGCUUCUCAGGUUUUGUCUCUCUUGAACGGGGACAGCCACGCUCUGUUUCCCCUCCUUUCUCCCGUUUCCUCGCCGUUCUCGCCCUGUUCGACGAUGCCCUCGACAGUUCACUUCUCGCGGGGAAGGAAUGAGCAGUUUCGGGUGGUCUGUGCGUCGAAAGGAGCAAACAAUCGGCAAUUGAGCGGCGUGGUGUUCGAGCCGUUUGAAGAGGUCAAGAAAGAGCUCGCUCUCGUACCCACUUCUCCGCAUCUCUCGCUAGCUCGCCAAAAGUACUCUGACCAGUGCGAGUCCGCCGUUAACGUGCAAAUCAACGUGGAAUACAAUGUCUCGUAUGUGUAUCACGCCAUGUAUGCCUACUUCGACAGAGAUAACGUGGCGCUCAAGGGUCUUGCAAAAUUCUUCAAGGAUUCAAGCGAAGAAGAGAGGGAACACGCAGAGAUAUUAAUGGAGUAUCAGAACAAAAGGGGCGGAAAGGUGCAGCUGCGGUCUAUAGUGAUGCCGUUUUCGGAGUUCAAUCACGAGGACAAGGGAGAGGCACUAUAUGCUAUGGAGCUUGCAUUAUCUUUGGAGAAGCUGACAAAUGAAAAGCUUCUGAACUUGCAAAAAGUAGCUGAGCAGAACCAUGAUGUGCAGUUGAUGGAUUUCGUCGAUAGCAGAUUCUUGGCCGAGCAGGUAGCAAGCAUUAAGAAGAUUUCUGAAUAUGUAGCCCAGCUGAGAAGAGUGGGCAAAGGGCACGGAGUCUGGCACUUCGAUCAAAUGCUACUCCACGAAGAAGCCGUGGCAUGAUGAGAGGUCGGGCAUCUUGCUUCUCAAAGAGCUGUCGAGAUCACCGUGCCCCGCGAGGUGUCGUGUCAAUACUAGCGGUUGCUUGCCCCGAGUGGUGUGGUUUUGACUGUUGCAAAUAAGUCUGUUUUUGUAAAUAUUGGUAGAAACGAACGCAAAACUGAAUUCCGCUUUCUGUAACUCUUGGGUUUUUGUUGGGAUUCAAAGUAGCGGCGAGCAAU